AACUCAAAGUCCCAAGAAAAAGAAGAACAAAGUUUCUGAAUCCCUUUUGAAUAAAUAUAGGAAGAAUAGGGGAUUGUCUGUCACUGAUUUGACAUCUACGGAAUGGUGUGAAAAACAAAUGGAGUUCCUUCUCACUUAUGGUAGGCCAGAAAAGACAAAAGCUAUGAAAGCUGGGAUUGCUCGGCAUGCCAAGUUAGAGGAAGAGGUAUCAAAAAAAGUAGAAGUACGUGUUGAGACACUUGAAGAUAUAUGGGCUUUGAAGUUUAUAAAUUUUAUCAUCUGUGCAAACCAACUAUUGUUUGACGGUUUAACACGAGAAAUCCCUGUAGUUGGCCUUGUUCAAGGUGUAUGGAUGGUGGGAGUGAUUGAUGAACUCCGGAUGCCUGAUGAUGGGGAAAAAAGGAAGUUAACAUUAGUUGAUACAAAGACGCGUGGUCAGCCAAGGCUUCCUGCUGAACCACAAUGCAGAAAUGGAAGGCUACAAUUGAAGUUCUAUAAGCGUUUGUGGGACAAUAUGGUCUCUAAUAACUUUCCUUCUAAACAAUUUUAUGAACAUUUUUCCAUGGAUCCUGAACACAAAUUAUCUGAUGAAGUGAAGAUGAAUGCCGCUGAUUCAGGUUUCCCUGCUGAGACACUUGGAGAAGUUGUAGGAUACCUCAAUAAUGUUUGUUCUGCACUACCGCCUGCUCACGAUCAGCUUCUCUUGAGAUAUGAACUUCAAGAGGAUAACUCAUUGAUCGGCGAGGUUAAGUUCAGUUACGAUGAGGACUGGCUUAAGGCUCAAUUGCACAGCAGCCUUGAGUUCUGGAGGGGUGAGCGAGAAGCCAAAUAUGUUCCAGAGAUGGAGAAGUGGAAGUGUCGAUUUUGCCAAUACGCAACUGUCUGUCCACAAACUCAAACUCAACUCGAAACUGAAUCAAAUUCUCAAUCUAGCUCACAGAACAGCUAAAAGCUCAGAGUUAUUUCUUGGGUGCAAAUAUAGGCAAAAAUACAUGUGCUAAGGAAGUAGUACUUUGAAAUCUGCUAGGAUAUCAAGCAAAUGUUGUACUUAAUCAUAAUUAUUGUUAUUAAUUAGCUAGGUGAUUCAUUCUUUGUAAAGCACAAUUAUGUAAUUUAAUCUUGUAUCUUUAAAAUUGGUGCUCUUGCGCUCA